GACCUCAGGGUGCAGAUCACAUUCUCCCAGACUCCUGAGCCCUGGGUCCAGCCAUGCGCUCCUCCAGCAUCUGUCUGUGCCUCCUGUUCCUCUGUGGGGCACUGGGUCUGGGCUCGAGCCUCUCACUGGCCUGUUUGCCUCUCUUGAUCUCUGCUGACCCCCCAGGUCUCACCACGUCCCCCACCCGGGGACAGCUCCACUGUUACACCUGCAGCUUCAGCAAACCCUGCUAUCCUGUUCUCACCGAGUGUCAGGAUGACGAAGUUUGUGGCAUCAGUAUCGGCACCUCAGAGCAGAGUGAGAUCAUCGAGCGGAAAGGCUGCCUCCCAAGGGCCCAGUGCCCUCUGCAGGGCCAUGCCACCUACUGGUCACGCUCCUAUGCUCUGCGGCACCACUGCUGUGAGCAGAACCUGUGCAACACAGCCACCAUGCUGCAGCAGCUCCCCAGCCCCCUCCUCAUCACCCUGCUCCUCCUCGUGGCCAGCUUCAUGUGGGGAGCCCACCUACUCCACUAGCCUCAAACCAGGACUCCUCCACCAUCACCACCACCCUGGAAACACCUCAUCUGAGAUAUGCCCAAGAACCUGAUUCUGAAGAGACCUCAGGUCUCUGGCCCAAUACCUUCCCAGACCCUUCCCAAGGCCUGAUUCCUACAGGCACUGCUCUAACCCCUAUAGGUAC